GGCAUGUUUUGGUCUCUGAUGAAAACACUUCCGGGGUAUCUGUUUGGAACCGCGAGCUGAACGAAGACGACCACUAUGUGUGCAUGUUUUCGGUUUCUCAACAUUAAACAUUAGCUCUAAGGACUAUAGAAAUAUUAACUUGUCAUUUGUCCAAUUACUAUAUCGUGUCGGUUGUUUUGCAGCCAGGGUUUCUUUUCCGUUUCUAGGACCGUGCACUGAGUUAGCUUUUAGCUAGCUAGCUGGUUCAGUCGUUUGCUGAAUUCUAACUACUGUAUAUUGUUUGGUAGGUGAUCAAAAUGUCAAGACCAAAAUCGCCUCAAUAUCUUCACAGAACGAGCCCCAGAAGACGUGAAGGCAGAGGAGGCCGUUCUCAGCGGUUUCCAUGGGACGACCCUGACUUUGACUCCCAGAGGGUUCAGGUUAACCUCGAAAGGGUCCCCUGGAAGGAAAUUCCAGAGGACCGAAGAGAGCGCUUCACGGAGGACAUCCACCCUGAGGCCCGGAGAAGACCGCCUCUUUCCCCAGACCACCACCGGCCUGGGCAUCCUCCUAACCUCCGUCUGAAGGAGUACCAUCGCAGGACCCUCUCACCGUCUCACGAGCUGGGCUACGCCCAAUGCAGGAGGCUCUCUCCUAAACACAAGCUCGACCACGAGGAAGGAGAUGGUCGAGGAAGAGACGGAUUCAGAGAAGACUACGGAAGGUUUGAAGGAAGGGAUCCAAGUUCUCACUCUCCUCAGCGUAUUCCCAGGGAGAGGUUGCCUUCUGUGGCCAUGUCGCACUCGCACCAUCCCUGUGACCUCAAGAGAGACCCGAGCAUGGGUUGGAGGAGAGAGGACCAGAUCAGAGGGCAAGGGAGAUCCAGGGAACGGAGCCCGAGGGAGAGUUUUCAUGACCAAGGAAGAAGUCAGGGGAGGGACAGGGGAGGGGUAGAAAUGCAUGUUCCAUUUGAAGACAGGCGGAGAGAGGAUCUGCCAAGAGAGAAGAGCCCACACUCAGACAGGUACGUGAGGGACUCAGAGUUUAGAGAGCGGCCCCGCUUGCUGGAUCGGCCUUUAGAGGGUUUUGAAGGAGGCCCAGGGGACCACUGGGGCACCCAAGGAAGCUUUGUCAGGGAGCCAUGCCCCCUUAUUGUGGAACAUGAUCAUGGCAAGAUGACCAGUGGAGGUCCACCACGAAGGGAACCAGCAGAGGAUCAGAGAAACCGAGGCCCAGGCCGUUACCGAGGCUCCGACAGGAACAUUGACUAUGGUCGAGAGGACCCGCAGCAUCGGGUCGGAUCAUCGCAGGAGAGAUUCAGAAAGUCCAAUGUUAGUGAAGAGGGCAGAGGUCACCCCGUUCAUGAGGCCAGGAGAAGCCCGAUUAAUCCCGUUGCCAGGAGAAGCCCGAUUAAUCCCGUUGCCAGGAGAAGCCCGAUUCGUCACAAUGAAAGGAGAAGCCCGAUUCGUCACAAUGAAAGGAGAAGCCCGAUUCGUCACAAUGAAAGGAGAAGCCCGAUUCGUCACAAUGAAAGGAGAAGCCCGAUUAAUCAUGAUGGCAUAAGAAACCCUGUCUACCCUGAAAGUAGUAGCCCUAUGGGUGUCCAACUUGGCAGAAAUGGUCCAAUGGGACAGCGGGACAGAGGUAGCCAAGGACACAGGGGCCGGGGAAGUCUGGCUCAGAGGGGCAGAGGGAACCUUUCACGGGGUGGAAGGAUGGAAACGGGCCCCUCUAGGAACCAGCCCCACCCACAAACGUUCCCUCGUGGGCGAUCACAUUCCCCUCAGGAGCACCAAAGACCGGGUUUUCGAUCCAGAGAUCCAUCCUGGGACGUCAAUCCCAGAGAGGAGGAAUCUGAUUGGGUGCAGAAACCCCCAAAAGUACCUAGGUUGGAGCCAGGCAGGCCUAGAGGAGCAGGCCGGCCACCACUAGAAGGCAGGAUGGGUCCUGGAUUGUCAAGAGAGAGGGACCUCAACCCACGUUGGAAUGCACACAAAAAAGUCGGCGAUGCUAGAGUCCUCAGACCGGAUGCCGUAGAGGAGGAAACGCUCACCAUCAAAGUGGACAUGAACCGAACCAUGGGCCAGAACAGCAAACUGUGCUACUCCUCAGACAGACAGCUGUCUCUGGACCUGGUCAACGUCGGCCGCCAGAGACUCGACUUCCUGCCCAUGAUGGAACAUUCUGGAACAUACCGAGAGAACUCCAUGCACUCUGGAACCUUUGCCCAGGAGAUCAUCACACUUGUGCACAAAGUUAAGGAACACUAUUUUAGAGGAGAUUGUGUAACCCUCAAUGAGCGCUUCUCCGUGCCCCAAAAGGGUGGUUUACGUGCAGAAGCGAAAGUUGAGGUUGAGCCAGAGAGGCCCACGCUGAACAGGCGUUUCAACAUGAACAUGAACAAGAUGGACCCUGACGUUGAGCCUCUCUUCGACGCGGGCCACAUGCAGCCCGCUCCGAGGCAGCGUGUGGUGAGUGACCCUGGGGACCUGAGGCACGACCUGGAGAGGAGGAGACAGGAGAGGCUGGAGGGAGUGAAGGUCACCAUCCCUGGUGGUGGCCUCUCACAGCGCCCCCUAGGGCCCAGCAGUGAGCUGAAUGAGCCUGAUGAGGGGAUGGAUCUGGAGGAGGAAGAUGAGGGCUUCUCAGGCUGGCGUGGAGACGCUGGACAGGGGAACAGAUGGGAUGGACACAUGCUGAGAGACCAUCAGAGGAAAGGAGGUCCGUUACGACCCAACACGGGUCCCCAGCGGAGAAACAACCGACCACCACAUCGCAACCGCCCUGGACCAAUGAGGCGACAGAACCGCAACGUCGACGGUGUCAACUGGUGAUUGGUGUUUUAAGAUGGAUCACACAGUGAACACUGCUGACGGACUGAGAGGACUCAUCCAGCCAAUCUGACGCAUUAGGUAACACCAAUAAUCAAAAUGACUAGGGUUUACUGUUGCCCUUUCUACCAGACUUCAGCCGGGGUGACCCUUUUUCAUUUAUUUUUAGUUCAGGUCAGUCUUGAUGCCUUAAUGUGAAAGAAAUGAACUACAUGAUUUCCCCUGGCAGUUCCAUGUAGUAUUUUGUCAUAUACGCUGCUUAUCUUUUAUUGUAAAAUGUUGUCGAAUGCGUUUUAUUUGGUUUAAAGAAGGAAACGUUGACGUGGCACUGUCAUUUCCUAGCACUGUUGUUGGCAGUUGAUGGUUAUCUCCUGUAUUUUAGCUGUGAUGUCAGCUUGGCUGACGUCUUUGUUUGACCCGUCUGGUUUUCUGUGGCAGAUGUUCUAUACUCUGCAUAUGAGAUGUCUAUUCAAUAAAAUAUUAGAUUUCUCAAAUAA